UAUAGAUGUCAGGUCCGUGUGUGUGUGUGUGUGUGUGUGUGUGUGUGUGACACUGAUGGAUGCGCCAAUGGAGAGACGGACAGAUGCUUGGGCGGAUCUAACGGCACGCAGUGGUGGAGCGACGCACACAGUCGCGGCGAGAAUCGGGCGAAAAACAUCCUCCGUGAGGCGCAGAGGCGAAGGAGCCGGACCCGGCGGAGCUCGAGGAGACUUGACCGGCGGCCUAGCCGCGGAUCCGAUCCCCUUUUGUCGGAUGAGAACGGCGAGAUCUCGCCUUUAUUGUGAGAAGAGACGCGCACAUCUGGCGCAAAGAGGCGACACUUGACAACUUACCGUCAUCGCUCCCGCGUUCCUCGAAGAUCCUUCUGCGGUUUCGGCGGCUGCGUGACGACAGCGGAGCUUAACAACUUUAGUCGGUGGACGCGGGGAGAAGGAGAGAAGACUUUUCUUACCUGCACUGCGAGGCGAAAAGUUAUUUAUUCCUCGUGGUCCUGCCUGGCGACUUGGGCGUGGGGCAGAGUGUGUGGAGACCCAGCAGCCUCUCCGGCAUUCAAGUAUCAAAAGGAGGACGAGAUCAUCGGCCGAGAAAGAGUUUGGCUCCGAGCAGGGCUCGCCGUGCGCUCCACCGCCAGCCUGCGCGCAUGGGAGCAGCCUGAGCCCACCCCUCUUCCUCCUCCUUCCUCCUCCUCCUCCUCCUCCUCAUGUACAUUAUUACAACAAGGGAGACCCAAUCAAGCACGUAUCUCAUCGAUCCCCACACGCGCACACACACACACGCACACACCAGAGUGAUUGUGCUCGUGGAUUCUUCAAAGCGGACUAAAAAAGCUCGCCACGGAGGGAGAGCGCGUCCCGCGCGUCACCUCCUUUCUCCGCUGCAUGUGGCUUCUUCCUCCCACACUUCACCUCGCCACCCACAGGACUUGCCACGGGCGAAUGGAUUUUGGUGAAAUUUUGAAUCAGGCGUGAGGGACUAAGCCAAAAAAAAAAAAAAAACAUGGUUCACUACCGCGGCGGAUAAGGACGCGGAGAGGCUUGCCUGUUGCAGACCCCCAAACGCGGAGGAAACCCCCCGAAGAAGCGUGUUUAUUUUCCACGGACCCCACCGGAAGAGAAGCGCGACCCUAGUCACGCUGGUUUCCCCCCCUUUUUCCCUCUUUUUUUUUUCUAUUUUUUGGCUGAUUUUGUGUGAAGAACCACGCGCCCACUCGAUAUCGAUGUGGGAGCAGUGAGAGCCGACGAGAACUGGGGGGGGUCUAACUGUAGCGAAGGACCGCGGACCCCCACGGGAAGCUGCGGAUCAGCGGCGGGGCUUGACAGCGACUCCCUGCCGGAGCUCAGCAGCAGAAUGCCGCGGAGGAAGCAGGAGGCGCCGCGGCGCGUCGCAGCAUAUGUCACUGAAGAUGACAAAGAGACGACCCUCAUGGAGGACGACCUGGAUGGAGAGGACUCGGCGCAGGAAGGGGAGGACUCUUCGACCAAAUUCCUGUGUCAAGACAAAGACUUUCUAUUGAAGGACAGACCAGAGUCAACUGGCUUCCAUGAGUCCCCCAACCCGGCCGACUUUUCAGGUCAAGAGCUGGACAGCGAGUCUCACUUGAGUGAAUCCAGUGACAGGAUGUCUGACUUUGAAAGUUCCUCACUGAAAACCGAAGACGACGUCCUUCUCUUUAAAGACCCUACCAAUCUGUCCUUGUCUUCCACGGCAGCCAUGAUGGCUUCCGCCAACGCCGGGGUGGCAGUCGGUGGAGAAGAGGCCGUACUCGGCGCUUCUGGCUCUGUAGCUGACAGUCUAGAGAAGAUGAAGGCGAUAUACACUUCCUUCCUGACCAACUCAUACUGGUCCACUUUAAAUCUGAACUUGAGUCAAGCUCCUGCUGAGAAACCUCCACGUAGUCACAGCAGCAGCAGCAGUAGCAGCAGCAGCAGCAGCUGUGGAAGUGGUGGCUAUGACUGGCAUCAGACAGCGAUGGCCAAAACCCUUCAGCAGGCCUCUCAGAACCACCAACACAGGGUAGGAAUAGUCCACCAUCCCACAGUGGCUGUGUCCACAGCGUCGACGGAACCCAACCUCUUCAGUACAGUGCAGCUGUACAGGCAGAGUUCCAAGUUGUACGGCUCUAUAUUCACUGGUGCCAGUAAGUUCCGCUGCAAGGACUGCAGCGCCGCCUAUGAUACUCUGGUGGAGCUGACGGUGCACAUGAACGAGACAGGCCACUACCGGGAUGAUAAUCAUGAGACCGACAGUGAGGGUGCCAAACGGUGGUCCAAACCAAGGAAGCGUUCUUUAUUAGAGAUGGAAGGGAAGGAGGAUGCGCAAAAAGUUCUCAAGUGCAUGUACUGUGGUCACUCCUUUGAAUCCCUGCAGGACCUAAGUGUCCACAUGAUCAAGACAAAACACUACCAAAAAGUGCCUCUGAAGGAGCCUGUAACACCUGUGGCAGCGAAGAUAAUCUCAUCUGCUCGGAAAAGGGUUCCCAUUGACCUCGAUCUGCCCAGCUCGCCUGAUUCAAAUGGAGGUACGACACCGAAAGCAACAUCACUCAACGACACAAACGACGCACUGCAAAAGGCCACCAACCCUUACAUCACGCCAAACAACCGCUACGGACACCAGAAUGGUGCUAGCUACGCUUGGCAGUUUGAGUCCCGGAAGUCCCAAAUACUCAAAUGCAUGGAGUGCGGCAGCUCCCAUGACACGCUGCAAGAGCUGACCGCGCAUAUGAUGGUGACCGGACAUUUCAUCAAAGUAACAAACUCUGCUAUCAAAAAAGGCAAACCGAUCAUCGAGUCACCGACUCCAGCUCCUACGGCCAAUCCCACAAACGAAGAAAAGAUCCAGUCAGUUCCUCUUGCUGCUACAACCUUCUCCCCACCGCCAGCCCCAGUUCCUCCACAAGCCAGCGUCUCCCCCUCUGCAAUGAUUGUGGAAAUUAAAAAGGAGGAGAAAGAAGAGGAGUGUACGAAAGAGUCCAUGUUGAACCACAUCGACAGUGAAAACAAAGAGAAAAAGAUGUCCAGCGAGGAGGAGAAUGAGGAGAAGUUUGACAUCUCCUCGAAAUACUCUUACCUGACCGAGGAGGACCUGGAUGCUAGUCCUAAAGGUGGACUAGAUAUUCUCAAGUCUCUGGAGAACACCGUGACCUCAGCGAUCAACAAAGCCCAGAAUGGUGCUCCAAGCUGGGGUGGAUACCCCAGUAUCCACGCUGCCUACCAGCUACCAAACAUAAUGAAAUUGUCGAUUGGUAAUUCUGGAAAAAGCUCUCCACUAAAAUACCUUUUCCCAGCAGGAGAGAUCCUUUCUCCGACCAAUAAAAAUCAGCCACUGAUGUCCCCUCCUAGUUGUCAAACCUCGCCACUAUCUAAGACAAACUUUCAUGCCAUGGAAGAACUGGUGAAGAAAGUGACGGAGAAGGUUGCAAAGGUUGAGGAGAAAAUGAGGGAUCCAAGUGGUACUGCAAGGGUGUCACCUGCAAGACGCACAACUCCCUCACCGUGUAAAAGCGAAGCAGGCGAGUCUGUGAAAGAAGAGUCCCCGAAAUGCAACUCCACACUUGGGCAUAAAAGUCCGGAGAGAAAAUGUGUGCAGGAAAAAGUAGCAGCUGAUGCAAGUGAGCAAAAUCACAAAGAUGUAAAUGGCGACGUAACAAAAGAGCCCAUUGAGAAUGGAGUAGAGGCCACUGUCGCAGCGUCCCUUCCUGGCUCCCUAGGUGGCAGCACAGCCAUCAUCACUGACCACCCCCCUCCGGAGCAGCCAUUUGUUAACCCCCUCAGUGCACUGCAGUCCGUGAUGAACGUCCACCUUGGCAAAGCUGCCAAACCUGCUCUACCGUCCCUUGACCCAAUGAGUAUGUUGUUCAAGAUGAGCAACAGUUUGGCGGAGAAAGCCGCCGUAGCCGCAUCUACACCACCAGCACAGACCAAAAAGCCCACUAGUGACCACUUGGAUCGGUACUUUUACCCUUCGCAUAUCAACAGCGACCAGCCCAUCGAUCUGACCAAAGGCAAGAACGCGGACAAGAACACCAACGGUUCACUGGGCGCUGCUACUCUGUCUUCCACGACAUCCACCCCUUCCUCCAUUUCUCCUGCAUCAUCGGCCACAAUGACCAAAGCCUCAGCUGCAGUCGCAUCCUUCAUGUCGAACUCCCCCUUGAGAGAGAAUGCCCUCUCCGACAUCUCUGACAUGCUAAGGAACCUGACAGAGAGCCACGUCGUGUCAAAGUCAUCCACACCCACGAGCAUAUCCGAGAGGUCGGACAUUGAAGGUGCAACACAGGAAGAGACAGAGGAUGUUUCACCAGCACAAAAACGUAAAGGCCGGCAGUCCAACUGGAACCCUCAACACCUCCUUAUCCUCCAAGCCCAGUUCGCAUCAAGCUUACGACAGACGAGCGACGGAAAGUACAUGAUGUCCGACCUGAGCCCGCAAGAAAGAAUGCACAUUUCCCGUUUCACGGGACUCUCCAUGACGACAAUAUCCCAUUGGCUGGCUAAUGUGAAGUACCAGCUGAGGAGGACCGGUGGCACCAAGUUUCUGAAAAACCUGGACUCUGGUCACCCCGUGUUCUUCUGCAGUGACUGUGCGUCUCAGAUCCGCUCACCUUCCACUUACGUGAGCCACUUAGAGUCCCAUUUGGGCUUCCGUCUCCGCGACCUGGCAAAACUGUCCGGUGAACAGCUUUUAAGUCAAAUAUCGCAGCACCACCAUCAUCGCCACACCAAAGGACUGUCUGAGAAACUAUUCUCUAACCUUCACCCAUCCAGCCAUCCACUGCCCUCCUCGCUACCCACGAGUAUUUCCUCCGCUUUGCCCAUCUCGCUCCCUUCAUCCUUAAACACCCCCUUGCCCGCCACUGACUGCCCAUCACCUUCCGCGGAUGACGACGACAGUAGCGGGGCUGUUCACAAGUGCAAGCUCUGCAACCGGACAUUUGCCAGCAAGCAUGCAGUAAAACUUCAUCUGAGUAAGACUCAUGGGAAGUCGCCAGAGGAUCAUCUCAUGUAUGUCUUGGAGCUGGAAAAGCAGUAGCACUGGCCCAACUGACUUUUGUAAUAUCCUUCCUGCAGCCAGUCACAGACUCUUCGUCGGGCUAAAAGUACGGUGACAGAACUGCGUUGCUAUACAGUUUUGGCACAUUCCUUUUGUGUCACAGUAGUUGAUGUGGACUCACUGGCACGAGACACUUGGGUGUUUUUGUUUGUUUGUUUUUUUUCUAUCGUGGCAAUGGAAUAUGUUUGGUGAGAGCUGAAAAUGACACAUUAUAUGAAGAAUUAAAAAGGAAAAAAAAAUAUUCUAAAAUGAAGCAAUGUGUAUUUUAAAAGUUGUGUAAAAGGAAAUACGUUUUGUCAUAUUUCAACAUCACUGGAUUGUGAUGAGCUGCAUGCAUGAACAAAACAGUUUUUUGGAUAUUUUAUGAUGAAAUCUGGUGCACUUUCCAUGACUUAAUUUUUAUCCCAAAAAUAUUUGUUUAUUCCAAUUGUUACUCGCUGUAUUCUUUUCCCGCACUCUAGCGUUCUACUUCUGGAAUCAGCGUUUGAAUUUAACCCUCUGAGUACGUUUAAGCACUUCUGACACAAAAUGCACGAUCGACUUGUUCCAGACAUUUGUUUCCACCGACAGUAGUCUGCAGUGUGUGUGUUACUGUAGACAGUAAAAUCAUCCCUCUAUUUACUUUCAGAUUUUCACUUGUGCUUGAUCUUUUUUCCUUUUUUUUCUUUUUUUUAUCAGGAACAUGAAUUGAUUCAGGUCUUGUAAAAUAUGUAUAUGACGACAUAUGAAGUAACUCAUGUCUAAAUUAUGCAUCGUUUCUAUAUUUUUUAAUUUAACUCUGAUUCUUCUGGUGCACAGUAUAUGACGACGUUGAACAUGUUUUGCACAAUAGUUUUAUAAAUGUGUUAUUUAAUCGAAUGGUACAAAUGGCAGGAAGCAAAAUGAACGACAAGAGACAUCUUUCCAGCUCGUGCUCAAAGGGUUAAAGACGUUUUUCACUCUUCUCAACAUGUGCUGAUGUAUGAACACUAAAAAAAGGUUAAAAAAAGGGAAGAAAAAAAAGAUUAUUAAAAUCAUUGUGAAAAAAAAAUGUUGCUUUAUGAAGAAACCCAACAUGUAAUCCAUUAUUUAUAAGAUAAGUUGUUUCAUACUGCCUUCUUUUUUUAUUUCUUGGUUGUCUAUGAUUAUUCAACACUGCAGUUUUUUUUUUAAUCUUUUCGGGUUAUGAAAGGUAACCAUGGUUACACUAACCUCAUGACUGACACCUUCUGCUACAUUUUUGGCAGUCAAUUUGUUGUAGUAACUGACAGCUGCCAGUAUACGUAGAAGGAAUAAUGAGGGGGGGAACUGAGGGGCGGAACAGUGUAAAAAAAAUAUCAGCAUGUAAAUGGCACAGAUUCUGUGAUGCAUUCUGUGCCAUGACUCUUUUCAUUUUCUCCUUUUUUUUUUUUUUGGUUUCUGUUGUUGUUGUCCCCGACAAUGAACCCCUAUUAUAUGACUUCAUAUAACCUUGUUUUCUACUGCAGCAUUAA